CCCGGGCCCGGCGUCGGCGAACAAAGAGCGGCGGGAGGGGGCGGGGGCUCCGCAGCGGCACCGGAGCGGCGGCCCAGGCCAUCGGUGCAGGAUCCAAGGUGCUGGUGUGUCACCCUGCCUGGAGCCUGAGGUCCCGCGUGCCCAUCCGCCUCCCGACGUCACCAAUGCGACCAUGGGAACUGGCAGUGAAUAGGCGGCCACCCUCUGCCCCUUUUAACCAGCGCCGUUUCUCGGGGGGACCCUGCAGCAGCCCCGACCACCUCCGUCGAAGCCCCCCUGCCAGGCGUCAGUGGGGACGACGCGACCGACCUCUGGCAACCCUGCUGGGCCAGGAUGAGCCCCAGCUGCACCCUGCCUUCCCCCAGCAGCCGCCCGUCCCUGUAGAUGAGCCCCGCGCCUACGCUCUCCCCAGCACGCCGCCACGAAUGCUUCACCCGGCCGCUCACCCGCCCCACCAGAACCCAUUCAUGGUGGAUCUGCAUGACCAGGUGCACCAGGGACCUGUCCCUCUCUCCUACACGGUUACCACCGUCACGACGCAAGGCUUCCCCAUCCACGCCGGCCAGCACAUCCCUGGGUGCAGCACCCAGCAGCUCCCAGCAUGCUCAGUGAUGUUCAGUGGACAGCACUACCCGCUCUGCUGCCUCCCACCCCCGCUGAUCCAGGCAUGCGCCAUGCAACAGCUCCCCGUCUCCUACCAGACGUUCCCCCCCAUCAUCUCCAGCGACCAUUACAUCCUGCACCCCCCCCCGCCGCCAGUGCCCCCCCACCAGCCACCCCACAUGGCCCCCCUGGGGCAGUUUGUACCUCUCCAAGCCCAGCACCCACGCAUGCCUCUGCAGAGGAUAGACAAUGAUGUGGACCUGCGAGGGGAGCAGCACCCCAUCGCGGGCUUCACGUACCCCCCGUCCCACCACGCUCCCACGCUCUCCCCCUCCGUGCCGCUGCAUUACCUCCCCCACGACCCGCUGCACCAAGAACUGCCAUUCGGCGUGCCAUACCCCCACAUGAUGCCCCGGCGGCUGAACACCCAGCGGUACCGGCUGCAGCAGCGCUGCCCCCCCCCCCCGCCCCCUCCGCCGCCCCCCCCGUACUACCCGAGCUUCCUGCCCUACUUCCUCUCUAUGCUUCCCGUGUCGCCGACGGCUGUGGGGCCCACGAUCAGCCUAGACCUGGACGUGGAUGAUGUGGAGAUGGAGAAUUACGAGGCACUGCUGAACCUGGCCGAGCGGCUGGGGGAGGCCAAGCCGCGGGGACUCACCAAAGCAGAUAUCGAGCACCUCCCGUCCUACCGCUUCAACCCUGAGAGCCACCAGUCCGAGCAGACCCUGUGCGUUGUGUGCUUCAGCGACUUCGAGGCCCGGCAGCUUCUCCGCGUCCUGCCCUGCAACCACGAGUUCCACGCCAAGUGUGUCGACAAAUGGUUAAAGGCGAACCGCACGUGCCCCAUCUGCCGGGCGGACGCGUCGGAGGUGCAGCGGGAGGCGGACUGAGGCUGGCGGGCGCUGUGCCGCACAAUUCGCUAGAGGACGAGGACGCCGGGCCAGGGGCGGGGGCCGCUGCCCGCUGCUAGGGCCUGACCCUGCGCUUACCCCCCCUCCCCAAAGCCUCUCCUCGGAUGUGGUGAGCAUUGAGCAGUCCGGGCUCCUGGCCAGCCCUCCUCCUCCCCGCCGGGGCACGGACUCGGCCGGACGCCUGCCCGCUGCGCUCCCGGGGCCCUGAAUCGUGUUGUGCUGGAGGCGGGAGGCGCGUGGCCGUGCCCUCCGUGCUCCAAAGACGCUGUUGUUCCUCCAUCACUUUCCAGGUCUUUGUACUCCGCUAGGGAAUUAGUGUUUUUUCCCUUUGUCACCUUUUUUUUUUUUUUUUUUUUUUCAUGGUAGGUUCCCCCCCCCCACCCCCUCCGUUUCCCUUUUCCGUUGCGUUUUUGGUUCUGUGGCCGUUUGACCCAGUGGCGCGCAGGCGGCUCCUCCCCUCGGCGUUGCUUGCGGAGGAUGCAGGGAGGAGAGAGGAGGCAGUGCCGCGGGUUUGAUGCCGGCGGCACCCUGAGCCGGAGCGCUGGGCCGGCCCCGGGGGCAGCCGGAGGAGGUGGCCAGUGGAGCGUGGCCAAGGUGGGACACCAGCAACCCCGCGGCAUGGCCGGGGCAGGAACGACUCUGUCCCCGCUCCCGCACACGGCCCGGCGCAGCCCCUCUCCCGCCUCGGCGGCCCUGGGGAGCCCCGGAGGGUUAUGGCUGCUUGGGGUCUUUCCCCGGUGGGAGGACGGUGCCGGCGCGGCCGCGGCCCCGGCCCCUCUCCCCGUUCGUUCCCCCCGUGCCCGGGCGGCGCAGCUCCGGGGGCCAGGCCGUGUGGCAUCCCGUGAGGCAGCCCGGCCUGGGUGGGGGGGGGGCGGGGGGCGACCCCAGCCCCGUCCCAGUGGCCGUGGGCACGCGGUGUCCGUGGUGACCCCCGCCGCCCGGCUCCCGCUGUUGUUUCUCUGUCCCGCCGCCGUAAAUCGAAGCAGCCCCGCGCCCCCGUCCUGCUGGCUGGACGGUGCGGUGCGGUGCCCCCGGCCGGCGCGCAGCGGGGGGCCGGCCGGGCUGUGGCGGGUGCCCCCCGGCCCCCGGAGUGGGGGGGGUUUUUUAUCCAUAACCUCGUGGUGUAUUUUCAGUGCUACCCCUGGCCCUGCCCCGGCUGGUGCGGGGGGAGCUGUGAGCAGCCCCCCGCCGCCGUAUCCCCCCCGCCGUGCCCACGCGGGGCCAGGAGGGUGGGCCGCCCCGUCGGCGCGGGGCCCGGGAGCGAAGCCGCCGCCACGCCGCCGCCCGGCUCCAGCAAUCCCGCGUGGCCGUUGUUUUGCAUGAUUAAUUAGCGAGGAGGGUGACGGGAGGCGGUGGCAGGGGGGGCGGCGGUGAGAGGACCGCCCUCCCCUCGCGGCGCGUGUUGCCGACGCCUGGGAGCCUCCGAGCGGACGCCAGCCCUAUGUAAAUGUUCACAAAUAUGCAUGCAUGUCUGACCAGCUUGGAACGUGGUCUUGGCUACGUCUAGCCGGCUGUGGGGUGAGGGGGGUGGGGAGAGGGGUUUUUGUGCUCAGCUGAUACUGCCAUGCACUGUACUGCACAUGUCCGCAACGCCACAGCAGGACCGUGAGACUUUCAGGGCCGUCCCCGCGGGGUCUGCGCCCCUCCGGGCGGGAGGCGGCGGCAUGGGGGGGGGCGCCCGCGGCGGCGGCGUGUGCAAGGGGACGGGG